GCACUAUAUCUUUGGUCGCUCGCGCCUCUUCCCCAAUUCGAUCGCGUGAGAGGAAGAAGGGGAGAGGGUGGGAAAGUGCUCUUCCUCUGAGUUCGUUUCUUGCUCCCAUGGCGAUUUACAGGGUGCCAAUCUGCAGUGCCUUCUUGGCGCUCCUCGUGUUCUCGUCCCUCUCGCCGGCGCGAUCGGAGGAGGGCGGAGCCGAAGGCGUGCGGGAGACGGCGGUGCUCACCCUCGACGCCUCGAACUUCUCCGAGACCGUCGCCAAAUACCCCUUGAUCGUCGUCGAGUUCUAUGCCCCAUGGUGUGGACAUUGCCAAAGACUUGCUCCAGAGUAUGAGAAGGCUGCUGCGAUACUGAGCAAGGAUGACCCUCCAGUUGUUCUCGCAAAAGUUGAUGCCAAUGAUGAGAUGAACAAAGAGCUUGCCUCUAAGUAUGAGGUGAGGGGUUACCCCACACUUAAGAUUCUAAGAAAUCAAGGAAAUAACAUCCAAGAGUACAAAGGUCCAAGGGAGGCUGAAGGUAUAGUUGAAUAUCUGAAGAAACAAGUAGGUCCUGCUUCAGUUGAGAUAAAAUCCUCAGAGGAUGUCAGCUCUCUCAUCAAGGACAAGAAAAUCUUUAUUGUGGCAGUGUUCCCUGAUUAUUCUUGCGAGGAAUUUAAAAACUUUAUGGCAGUAGCCGAGAAACUGCGAUCAGACUAUGAUUUUGGUCAUACUUUGGAUGCUAAGCUCCUUCCACGUGGGGAUUUGACAGUCAGUGGUCCUGUAGUUAGGCUAUUCAAACCAUUCGAUGAACUUUUUGUUGACUUCCAGGAUUUUCAUGGGGAUGCUUUAGAGAAUUUCAUUGAAACUGCUAGUGUGCCUAAAGUCACCACAUUUGACAAAGAUCCCAGCAACCGUCCAUUUCUCAUGAAAUUCUUCAACAAUCCUAAUACCAAAGCUAUGCUCUUUCUGAAUUUCAGCAAUGAGUAUUUUGAUGCUUUUAAGUCCAAGUACUAUGAGGUUGCCGAGCACCACAAAGGAAAGAACAUAAGCUUUCUGAUUGGUGAUCUUGAUGCCAGUCAGGGUGCCUUCCAGUUCUUUGGGCUCAAAGAAGAACAAGUGCCCCUCAUCAUCUUACAAGAGACUGGCGGCCAGAAAUAUCUCAAACCAAAUUUAGAACCUGAUCAAAUUGCAACAUGGGUGGAGGAUUACCUGGGUGGCAGCUUGACGCCGUUCAAGAAGUCAGAACCCAUUCCCGAGGUUAACAAUGAACCUGUCAAGGUGGUUGUGGCUGACAGCCUUUAUGAUGUGGUUUUCAAGUCCAGGAAAAAUGUUCUGCUUGAAUUUUAUGCUCCUUGGUGUGGUCAUUGCAAGAAUCUAGCGCCUAUAUUAGAGGAAGUUGCUGUCUCAUUCCAAAAUGAUGAUGAUGUUGUUAUCGCAAAGAUGGAUGCUACUGCAAAUGAUGCCCCGAAGGAGUUUAAUGUUCAGGGGUAUCCAACUAUGUAUUUCUCUUCAGCAAGUGGCAAGCUUGUGCAGUAUGAUGGGGGUAGGACAAAAGAGGACAUCAUUGAUUUCAUACAGAAAAACAGGGAUGCAACUAUUCAGGAUGCGACUAUUCAAAAGGAUACAACUGUCCAAUCUGAGUCUCUAAAAGAUGAGCUAUGAUCAAGAAGAAAUAUGACUAUUACAUGGAGGGAAGAGAAUGUGGAUGCCCUAGUGAAGGGGUAGACAAACAUCAUGAAUUAUGCUGACAACUUUCUAUCCAAAUCUUCUCGAGUCUACCGGUACAAGGAAGAUUUCAUCUUGUAAUUCAGAUUUAGGGUUUGGAUAUCAGAUGUUCCUUCCAUGUUCUUGUUUUAUCUUGACAACUGACUUGAGUUUCUGAUGGUAAUCUAAUAGUUGCGAACCUUAGUUUUGUUUUUC